AUAGGUUUUGAUGGAGUUGAGAUCCAUGGGGCUCAUGGUUACCUCGUUGACCAAUUUAUGAAAGAUGGAGUGAAUGAUCGAACAGACCAAUAUGGUGGAUCUCUUGAAAAUCGUUGCCGGUUUGCUUUGGAAGUAGUCGAAUCUGUUGCUAAUGAGAUAGGAGCGGACAGAGUUGGAAUAAGGCUAUCUCCUUUUGCAGACUAUAUGGAAUCUGGAGACUCUAAUCCAAAAGCAUUGGGACUUUACAUGGCGGAGUCUUUAAACAAAUAUGGGAUUCUUUAUUGCCAUAUGGUUGAGCCAAGAAUGAAGUCAGUUGAUGAAAUAGUUGAAUCCCCACAUAGUCUUCUGCCAAUGAGAAAGGCAUUUAGGGGUACUUUCCUUGUUGUUGGGGGUUAUAACAGGGAAGAUGGGAACAACGCUAUCGCUGAAAACCGUGCAGAUCUUGUUGUUUAUGGUCGUCCGUUUUUAGCCAAUCCAGAUUUGCCUAGGAGAUUUGAGCUCAAUGCUCCUCUCAACAAGCACAACAGAGAAACAUUCUACACAUUUGAUCCUGUUAUUGGUUAUACUGAUUAUCCAUUUCUUGAAGACACUGCAUAGGUUUGCAAAGGAGCCUAGGGGAAUUUAAAUUGUCUAAAUUUACCCCUCUUUUAAAUCCAAUGUAUUUUUAGGGCGUAUUCUAUUGUAUUGUACAAGAGCAAGAAAAACUCUUAAUAACUUCACAGCGCAAGAGUUGCACAUUUGGUGGAGCUGAUAUGCCUGAGUAAUAAUUUGAAAUGCCAUUUGGCUAUUACAUAUUGAGCACAAGAACA